GGCUCUCCAGCGGAGGAGACAGACGAGCAGCAGUCUGUUCGACCCGCUUUGAAUAUUGACGGAUCUAAACCUCACCAUCAUUCCCCUCCACACACAGGAGAGCAGCGGAGACGUUUGGAUACACACCACCGCUCGAGCACGAGGAUGUGGAUCAUAAAGUUCAUGUUCAUUUGGACCUGCUGCUUCGGAGUGAGCGCGGACUUCGAUGGCAGGUGGCCCAGGCAGAUGGCCUCGUCCAAUGGGCUGUGUCGGUACGGCAACCGCAUCGACUGCUGCUGGGGGUGGACACGUGUCUCCUGGGGCCAGUGCCAGCCUCCCUACGUCUUAACCCGCAGAGUAUUCGCGAUGAGGUGCCAACCCCAAGCGGUAUGUCAGCACGGAUGCAAACACGGAGAAUGCGUGGGACCCAGCAAAUGCAAGUGCCAUCCAGGUUAUACAGGAAAAACAUGCAACCAAGAAGAGCAGGGCUAUGUUAGCCCCCCAUUAUGGCACAGUCACCCUCCCGUUUUUGUUCCCAUGGAUCACCAGCCGAUCGCGGUGCCUUCGGAGGACGUGAACGAGUGUGGCCUCAAGCCUCGGCCGUGUAAACACAGGUGCAUGAACACGUACGGGAGCUACAAAUGCUACUGUCUAAAUGGCUACAUGCUGUUACCUGAUGGGAGCUGUGGAAAUGCCCGGACAUGCAGCAUGGCGAACUGUCAGUACGGCUGUGAGGUGAUGAAGGGAGAGGUUCGCUGCCAGUGCCCUUCUCCGGGUCUACAGCUGGCUCCAGAUGGCAGGACCUGUGUGGAUGUGGAUGAAUGCGCCACAGGCCAAGCGGUUUGUCCACGUUUCCGUAAGUGCAUCAACACAUUUGGGAGUUACAUCUGCAAGUGCCAUGAUGGCUUUGACCUGCAGUACAUCAACGGGAAAUAUCAGUGUACAGAUGUGAAUGAAUGCUCUUCAAAUCAUCACCAGUGUGGUCCAUACGCUACCUGCUAUAACACACCUGGUUCAUACAAAUGCAAGUGUAAGGAUGGAUACAGAGGUGUGGGCUACGACUGCAAACCUAUCCCAAAGGUGGUAAUUGACCCGCCGCGACCUGGAAAGACCACACCGAGCAACAAUAAUAAAGGGGGCAAUAAAAUUCCAGACUCAGACCAAAGGAGGACCACCACAACAAUCGGACCACCAGUGACGGCCAAACGGAUCGCACCUACAACAACCACCACCACCAUACCUCUUCCAACCCAAAAAAUCACCCCUCCAGCAAGAGUCCCAGUGACCACCACCCGAAGGCCUCUCAUCCCGACACGUAAACCCCCUGUGGUGGUGACAACCAAAACUGUAGUCCCAUCCCGCCAGCAACCUACCACAAAAGCACCGGUGGUUACAGCGCUGGUUCCCUUUAUCCCAACACGCAGACCUUUCAUCCCGUUUGUGACGCCGGUUGAUAACAGUAUCAAAGACAUUACCCAGAAACAAAGAGGGGACGUUCACAUACCACGAAAUCAUGGGCAGAACAAUGUGCUGGGUAUCGAUUUAGACGUUGAACUGGGCAACACAGAAGAGGAGCUGAAGGAUGCCCCGGACACUGGACAUCUGAGCUGCUCUUUUGACCACGGUCUCUGUGGAUGGAUCCAGCGCAGAGAGGGAGACCUUCACUGGGAGACCACCGCAGAUCCUUUAGGUGGGCGGUACCUAACGAUCUCAGAGGGCGGAGAGAAGAGAGGUGGGCGUGGCGCUCAGCUGAUCCUCCCCCUGAAGAUGCCCUGGAACGAGGGGAACCUGUGCCUGGCCUUCAGACACAACAUGGCGGGGCACCACGUGGGCAUGCUGCAGGUGUUCGUCCAGAAGGGACGGCAGCACAGUCCCGCCGUCUGGGGUCGAACGGGAGGAAACGGCUGGAGGACGACGCAAAUCACCAUUUGGGGCAAUGGGCUAGAAAGUGUGCUUGUGAAGGGCGAGCGGCGGAGAGGCCGUAAGGGUGAAAUAGCGCUGGACGACAUAAGUCUCAAACGAGGUUCCUGUCAGGAAGAGCACAAUCUGAGGAGACUUUAACACCAACAACCCCCCUAACAGAGACUUUUAAUGCCAGCUUUACUCACGGGACUCUGGGAAGACGCACACCGUACAGAAAGGGACAUGACUUCCUGUCAGUCCUGGUACAGUUACAGUAUGGUGCACUUCCUCUGGCUACAAGUGCAUGUUCCAGCUUAAUAAAGUGCUGCAGGGAUGACAUAUUUUUGUAGGCCAAAUCUAAAUGAGUAUUUUAGCACUUCAGGUUCUUAUUCCAAGGCAUAAAUUAUAUCAUAAAACCCCCUUUUUAUUAUUAUUAUUACUAUUUCUUUACUUAAAGCUUUUACUUGUCUUGAAAAAGGCCUAUAGGUCUAUAGAUGUUGUCAGGGACAUUAAACAUCAUAACGCUGAACAGUUGCUUUCACAGCCUCAGUGUGUUUAUAAUGCUGCUCUUACAAACUACUCCAACUCAGACUUUCAAAAACAAUGUUUUUAAUGACUAAAAGUGUUAUCAGUGGUAACGCUGAAAUCACAUGACCUUUGUGUAGUUUCUUUACCUUUUUACUUCUGGUGACUGGACUGGACUGGAAGAUUAUGGUGAUGAACAAAACAUGUAAGAAUCACAAACUUUAGUUGGUCACAGACCUUAUUUUCUACAGUAAUCCAAAAGGCAAGGGGUUUCAGUCGAGGGGACCAGGGUGAUGCUAAGGGUUUUGUUAGGGCUGGCCCACAAAAAUACAUCAUCACUGCAGCACUCUAUUGGAUAUGUCUAAAAUGACAGAAGUCUGAAAAUAUACUUUUUGUAUAUUUUCAUUUUGUAGAUGUAAGAUUUGUCUCCCACUUCAAGGAUUUGUGUUGAACUGUCGAGCAGACGUCGUCCAGCCAUUGUAAACACAUGUUGCCCAGUUUAACUGUUUAUUUGCCACCUAAAUGAUGAUGAUGAUGAUGAUGAUGAUGUCUUUUCAUAAUACCUAUUUAAAUUUGGCCUAUGUGCUUUGUUAACCAGCUAAUCUGAGUGACGAACUAUUUUUGGUGUAUUAUUGUAAAUGUAUUCAUACAUGUGUAUAUAUAUAUAUAUAUAUAUAUAUAAAUAUAUUUCAAAUAUGCUUUGUAGGUGCAUAUAUAUGUGAUUUCUUCAUCGUAUAAGUGAUGCAGGACAAUGUUUACAUCACACAACCAAGUUUUGAUUAUUUUAUUGAAGUAUAUUGUUAAAUACAAACCAUCAACUGUUCUGAAUUUGACUUAUUAAUGGCUGUAUCAGCCAUUCUGUACGAUCACCACAACCAUGGUUACCCUUUAAGACUGCGUGUUGAAUAUGAAAGAGCUUGGUUUAAUUUUCAGGUGAAGCAAAGGUCUCCAGACAUUAAAAGGUGUGAACGUAAAAUAUA